UACAAUGGAAUAACAAGUAUCCAUUUAUUUAUGAAGCAAAUCAAUCAGUUUGGAAAUCAAUUUUGAAUAAUUCACGAUACAAACCAGAUAAAGCCAUAAUUUUAAAUAAUAACAAGGAAUGUGAAUAUGAAUUAAAUUUAGAAGAUAAUUAUUUGAACAGCGUUGAUAAUAAUA